ACUUUAGGGAAAAUCUCUGUUUUUUAAACAGAUCUCAUGUCCAUAUCUUUAUCGAUACAUUUCGAGAUGGGGCCGGACAUUGUUGUUUUUGUCGCACCUUACCAUAAAAUCUAAUAGUCCAUUUCGCCAAUACGUUUGUGUGCUUGCGAAUUUUCCUUAAUAUUUAUACUUCAGAGGAUCAUAACUUUGGGCUAAUGAAAUGAUCCAAGCGCAGCUUCGUGUCCUGUUUGACGUGUCGUACUUCUAAAUGGGGUGCCACGGAGUGAUUGGUAAGAUUUUUCAAUUCUGUAUUGAAGCCAUUAGGACCCAAACUAUCUCCCCUACAUAUAUCGCGAUUUUGAAGAAUGGUGGAGACGACAGUAGUUUUCUUACAACAAGAUGGGGUUAUCAAUUUCUGCAUAACCUGAGGAGAUACUAUUCGUGCAAAUUUUUAUGAAUUAUCGCAUGUUAUCCAUAGUACACGCAUACAUUCUUUUGGUUUUAUACUUUGACCUGUAUUUGGCAUUUACUUGAUAUAUCUUGUGUUCUUGUUUCUAUCCAAUUUAAUUGCCUUUUAAAGGAGCAUUAUAUUAUCGAAAUAGGAGGGGAAGACAUUGAUAAUAUACAAAAGGGUGACAAGGUUGAUUUUAAUAAUAAUAACAAAGGGUGUCAAGUAGACACGCCGGAAAUCUAUUUUCUACCUUUUUUUUUUGUUUUAGAAUCUAGACUUUUCCUUUCCAAACUCGCUAAUUAAGAGGAGCAUGGUGUUUUCCAUCCCUUCCUAUAUUUGCACCGGUGACCGCCCCAAAAAAGUAGUUGAUUUUCGUGCGCACAGCCUUGCGCUUCUUGUUGGUCACCCGAAGACAGGCCACAACCCCGAUGCGCUUUUUGAAAAAGAAUUCAAGUACAUCUGGAACGGCGAGCGGGGGGGAUAUUUAGAGAAGAUACGCCGCCAGCAGGCCAUGGUGGAGAGCAAAAAGAACUUGACCUCGAACGGCUUUCUGUACGCCUCCCCCACACGCCGUCCGGAAGGUCUGGGGUCCUACUUUGGGUGCUUUCAGAAAACCCCCCAUCCCCACAUCCCGGAGCACCUCACCUCGCGCGGGCCUCCCGCCGUCCGCAAAGCGCCCCUACCCCGCGGCAUUUUCACCUCGCCGAGCCCGAAAGGCUCCUACGGGACGCCAGGGCUGAGUUUGUCCGCGAUCGGCAAUGACUACAUCGCGUCCUUUUACGAUCAGCCCAGCGUGAAUGAGAAGCUCUACCGCGAGGCGUGGCGGCGGCGGAUGCCGGCGGAGACUUUUCGCCCCUGCGGCCGCCGCGGCUUCACCUUCGACGAGAGCCUCCUGACAGGGGCCUCCAAAUGCUAUAUCAUGACGGUCCCUUUUCGCGAAAAGCGGUCCCCGCCGAAGUUUGCGCAUUUCGUGAUCCAGCAGCCCUGGCGGCCGCCGGGCUACGUCGAGGACAAGCCCACCACCUUGGAGUACUGGGAGGACCCCCUGAACGGCUACGACCCCCGGAUUGACCCCAAAGAACGAAUUAAAAAGCCAUCCUCCGCCGUGUUUUACCCUAGUUCGAACAGUGGGUCAUUUUGGUACACUCAGAGUAUUGUAUUUAAGUGCCUGUAA